GCUACUCACGCGACGAUCAUCACGUCCGUUCUCAGCUCCGCUUUCAGCGCAGUAAGAUCUUUUUUCCGUAAGGUAUGGUGCCGUCAUCAACAUAGGGUUCGGAGGCAAACGCAUAACAGUGGGUGACAGAACAACGAAGGUCAGCUGUAAUGGAAAAACUUCAAUUUCUCAAGAGGUGGAAGAGCGGCGUCCCCGGUCAGCGCAAGUCUGCCGAACUGUGGCGCGACCGCAACGAGGUUAUUACUUUACUGGAGCACCGAGAGAACCUGCAGAUCGCUCGUGAUAUCGUCGACGACGUCGUCGGCCAAGCCGUCCCAGUGGACAGCCAAAUGCAUGCUGAUACUGCCCACAGUACGGAACACAGCGUUGCUGGUCCCAAGACACUGAGUGAAGUCGUUCCCACGGAACAGAAGCGCACUGCGGUAGAUAUGCUCGAUGUCUUGGAACAAAAGGUAUCUGACGAAUUGAACAGCAUGAAAAGAGAAACUGAGACUGCUCGUUCGCCGAUUCGCUUGCAAGGCACAGACGGUCUCAAUAGCGGUUCACAGGUGUGUAGUCCGCAGUCAGAGCGGGAAAGCUUCCGAGAGAUCUUGGCGGAACACGCUUACAGUUCCCCGAAGGGCACUGACAACACCGAUGAACGUCUUCCGACAGAAGGUGAAUCGCCAGCAGGAAGCGCAGCGGGAUUUGUUGACUGCGUCGCUGAAGAAGACCUUCCCUACCUCUGCAGCGAAGUCGUAACAACGUCUGACGAAAAUGAAGUGGGGAGCUCCAUCGAAGCUAGCCGAUCCGUUAUGCCCCACGAUGUUUCAGGGCACGCGGCUAUGAGCUCAUUCUUGCACAUUUCAGGCGAGAUAGUUCAGAGCGACGUGGAACAAAGUCCGGGGUUCCCGCAUGAAAUGACCCUUGCACAUCGAAAUAGUGACCCAUCCAAAACCUCUCCAGGGCAGCACGUCGAAGGUCUUGGAGGAAUUACUUUUUGUCUUGAGGCAAACACUCUUGAAGAGACGCGGAACGUCCUUGACGAUGUGGCCGCUGAAAGCGUGGCCAGUGUUACAGGGAUACAAGAAAAUAUUCCUUCAGACCCACAGGGGAUUCGACCGGUCUUGCCGAAACAGGCAUUCGAAUCAGAUGAAAGGUGCCAAGAGCUCAAGUGUGACUAUACGACACAAUCCUUGGAGAAUGUGCCUAAGUCUGGAGGUAUGCACCAUCUGAUUGCAACAACGGAGCUUCUGAUAGACGAAGGGUCGGUCACCCAACGUUUGCAAGCUACGGACGCAACAGAUAGUUAUCCAAUGCAAACGAUUAUGGAUGACAGUCUUGUUGCACACCGAACGUUUGAAUGUGUGGACGCUGUCACCCACCUCAGUGGAUCCUUGACGGAAGUGACUGAAGGCACACACGAGAUCUCCCAAACGAUGCCAUGCAAUGGCCCAGUUGAAGCAACGCGACUCGUAAAAAGCCAAAAGCCCAAAUCCGAUGAUACAAUGCUAUCCGCAGAACCCUUGCGUGCCACAGUGACCAUCGCGAGUAACGAAAGGUUGGGAAUUGAUACCGUGGAAGACAUUCGAGAAUCCAAACUUGUACUGGAAACUCUUCCGGAGCAGACGGCUACUGCUACUGACAAAGGCUUCAUCUUUACAGACUGCGUCACUCACGCUGAAAAGACUGGGACGAAUCGAAGCAGUACACCGUACAUCGAUAUUGCCCGCCACGAAGCGAAUGUUGGUAGGCGAAGCAGUGCAUCUGAAAAUAGGUCGCCACGUGUUUGCCUUCAAGGGAUGUUCUGGGGCAAUGUCACAGAUGACCUGAACGACCUGUCUAUAGAAUAUGACUCGGAAGAUACCACUACCUCAACGUUGAACUCAACAGUGAUAGAAAGGCAGCCGGAAGAAACUUGUUGUGCUGAAGCAACUCUUUCAAGCAACGAGAUGUGGCUAAGAGAGGUAUCAGCGGCCGCUAAUGAUAGUAUCUGUAAUUUAUUGGGCAGCGGCAAGAUAGAAACCUCGGACAUCGCUGUUAGAAUGCCUGAAGAGCAACGAGAAGUUUCCGUUGCAGACACCGUACUUCAUAAGCGUCCUCUUUCACAGUCUGAAGCACUUGAGAGUAUUGAAGGCGACGGUGCACGCUUUCAACACGUGGGAGAAAGCUGCAACGAUGACGCUGGUGUUUUGUCUGGCACAGAGACGUCUUUGGCCCAAGCACGCGGCCUGAACGACAAUACACCACCGCCUGGUGUACCGAGUAAGAAGACAAGCGUUGAAUUGCCGAAAGAUUUAUCUCUUCCGUGUAGUGAUUUACUUGGAGAGGCACCUAGUGCUCAUUCUGGUGACGAAAAAGAAAGCACGAGUGCAGCCUUUCAAACUAAGAACGAAGACACUGAUUCGAAGUUCUUCGAGCCGACUGUGAUCAGUCAUUCUGACGUGUCGUCGAAUCAAUCGGGGGUUGGAAUGGCGAAUCAGGAGUUGCCUGAAGGUGACGCCAUCCAUGCCCUUUCCCAGACACCAGAUAAAAUGAUCGGAGAUAUGACGCCGAUCACAGAGACAGUGCCACACAUGGACACCACAUUUACUGGUGACAGUGGCACGCCCAGUGCUGUUGGAUCAUCCGGUGCCGGUAUAAGUGACACGGAAUCUGGGUACGCAGCGUCUGAAGACCGUUCAGUGGACGCAGCAACUGAAGAAAAUCCACAAGUUCCUGGCCGUAAGAUGCAGCAGGCAUGUGCAAAUGAAGAUGUGAUUGCAUCACCUCCUGAGGCACAGCUCCAUGACCAAACAUCCAGAUCCAGUUCGCCAACAGAUGAUACUGUGUACUUUGAUGCACUUAACACUUCUAGCUUGACCCUGAAAUCUGAGUCAUCACCUACCUCUGCUAGUGUUUCGAGGAGUGGAGGUUGUGUCGUACACUCACAUGCCGCAGAAGACACUGCAUUACCUUUCGCCAGUGUGAAAAGUGAAACUCACACGUAUUCCCAACAGGGAAUGGAUUUUGCUGGUGUUUCUGUUGGAGGCACAACCCGACUGAGUGGUAGCAAAGACUCUGUACUCUAUGAUGAAAACGUGAAUCCAUUCGUGUCGCAAUCUGUGCUUCCAAGUGUCCCCAUUGCACCUCUGGAACACUCAGAUUCCAACGACAAUAUUGUGGUGUACAACGAAGGAGAUGGAGACCGUGUAGAUUCCACUGGCUAUAGCGGGAAACCUUUAGACGUUAAACAGUUGCGACCCAACAGGCGCAGCUUCACGGUGCGCAAAGACACACCGCCACAAGUCUCGAAACCAGUUGCAGAAGUAAACCAGGAGGACCGAAGACCGGCUUCCGAAAUACGUGAGGGGCCUGUACGUGAGUUGCGGGGCAACAGGCGCAGCUUCACAGUACGCAAAGAUACCCCUCCAGAAGCCUCUCAUCCAGCUUCAGAGGAAAGAUCGGAGGACAAAGCUCCUUGCCAGUCACGUGAAGAACCUGCACGUGAGCCAAGACCAAAUUGCUGCAGUAGCACUGUGAAUGCACCACUUGUCCAAGAAGCUUGGGAACCUUUGCCAGAGGAUUGUGCAGACCUCCGCACCAAGACUGAAGCAUUCAGUCAGAACGAAGACUUGCCUAGAGACAGUGAGGCUGGCCCAGAAGUAGCAGAAUUCUCUGAGGACGAAUUUCACUGUGCUUUUGAGCACUUCAAAGACCCUUCAGCAUUUGACUUUCUUCAAAAGUUUGGUGACAGCAAGCAUCUAGGAAGGUCCAGUCUGGGACGUUGUUCCCUCUUCUUGAAAUUCGACCCGUUAUUGGCAGACGGGAGGCCUAGUCUUGCUCCUACUAUAGAAGUCAAAGAAGAAAAUUCUCCUGCCUCGAAGUCUCCUGCACCACAUCCUAACGUGCCCUGUGCCAAGUCAAAAUCUGUAGAAUUGAUUGACUGGAGUACCUCCCCUAAGGUGGAACCUUCCCAGGACCUUUGUGAUACAUCAGUUACUGCAGGAAGUGUUCAAGUGAAGACAGAGGAACAAAUGUUCUCUGAGAAGGAGAUGUCACAGGCUCUUAAGUUCCAGGAACUAAUGUUCCAAGAACGGCUGCUCAAGAAAGACCAAGAACAGUCUGAAGAGCACAAGGAAAUGCAGCGACGCUUUGAGUUCCAAGACAACGCCAUUCGCAAUAUGUUCCAAGCUAUUAAGGAACUGGUCAAGACAUGUGAUGGUGCUGCGAAGGAACGACAGUCCCUAACAGCUGAUAUAGCAAAGCUCAGCAAGGAGAGGGACCAGUUGGUGGAGGACUUGAGAGGAGUUGAAGCUGCAUUUUCAGACUUCCACAGGCGGUAUGAACAAGCGAAGGAUAUAAUUCGCACAAUGAAGGAGAAUGAAACUCUUCUGAGGAACCAGCUGACUGAAGCUCAGACAAUGUUGGACAAAAGGAACCAGAUGCUGAGCACACUGAAGACCAAAGCUGAGGAAUCCAUUGAGACGGCGAACAAGGAAAUUGAGAGUUCGAGAAAGACAAUGGAUGCGGAAAACACCGUGCUGAAGGCUCAGAUGAAAAAAGCGGAGAUGAAGAUAAACAGCCUGGAAAAACAUUUGGAGCAGAAGAUUGAAGAGAACUCUCAGCUGACGCAGAUGUACGACGACCUGCUCAGCAAGGUUCAGCAAAACUGAACUCUGCUCAUGGUCUUCCACUUUUGCAAGGCUUCAAACAGUUGCUGGCACUUUCUCUCCGGUCAAGUAGUACUAAUGUCUUGGUUCAUCAUGUAUAUUGGAACUCGUGGAACAGGUUUUGUUUAGGCUUUUACAAAGUCACUACAUUAAAAAAAUGUAUACAAGUGA